GCGCUCGUAGAGCAGGAAAGAAGUGCAGCGCUUGGCGCUCGGGGGGCACUGUUCCCGGGGUGUCGCAGCCGAGGGGGCAGAAGCCCGGGAGCGAAGACUAGAGCCCGAGGCGCGGCCCGCAGGGAGCCAGCGUUCAGCAGCCGGUGCGCGGCCUCGGCGAGGGCGGGGGAAGAAAAACACCCUGUUUCCUCUCGGGCCCCCACCGCGGAUCAUGUACCAAGAUUAUCCCGGGAACUUUGAUACCUCAUCCCGGGGCAGCAGCGGCUCUCCUGCGCACGCCGAGUCCUACUCCAGUGGCGGCGGCGGCCAGCAGAAAUUCCGGGUAGAUAUGCCUGGCUCAGGCAGCGCCUUCAUCCCCACCAUCAACGCCAUCACGACCAGCCAGGACCUGCAGUGGAUGGUGCAGCCCACGGUGAUCACCUCCAUGUCCAACCCGUACCCCCGUUCGCACCCCUAUAGCCCCCUGCCAGGCCUGGCCUCUGUCCCUGGGCACAUGGCCCUCCCAAGACCCGGCGUGAUCAAGACCAUUGGCACCACUGUGGGCCGCAGGAGGAGAGAUGAGCAGCUGUCCCCCGAGGAGGAGGAGAAGCGUCGAAUCCGCAGGGAGAGGAACAAGCUGGCCGCAGCCAAGUGCCGGAACCGCCGCCGGGAGCUGACGGAGAAGCUGCAGGCGGAGACGGAGGAGCUGGAGGAGGAGAAGUCGGGCCUGCAGAAGGAGAUCGCCGAGCUGCAGAAGGAGAAGGAGAAGCUGGAGUUCAUGCUGGUGGCCCACGGGCCUGUGUGCAAGAUCGGCCCCGAGGAGCGCCGCUCACCCCCGGCCUCCGGGCUGCAGGCCCUGCGCAGUGGGGGCAGUGGAGGGGUAGGCGCCGUGGUGGUGAAGCAGGAGCCCCUGGAAGAGGACAGCCCCUCGUCCUCAUCGGCGGGGCUGGACAAGGCCCAGCGCUCCGUGAUCAAGCCCAUCAGCAUCGCUGGGGGCUUCUAUGGGGAGGAGCCCCUGCACACCCCCAUAGUGGUGACCUCCACUCCUGCCAUCACCCCAGGCACCUCGAACCUCGUCUUCACCUACCCCAGCGUCCUGGAGCAGGAGUCGCCUGCGUCGCCCUCUGAGUCCUGCUCCAAGGCUCACCGCAGAAGCAGCAGCAGUGGGGACCAGUCGUCAGACUCCUUGAACUCCCCGACUCUGCUGGCUCUGUAACCCAGCUCCCAGAGGCGUCCUCGUCACUGCCUCCUUCCCAGGGACCAGCACCUGUCAGCACUCCAGGGCCAUGAGGGUAAGAAGGGGGCCCUGCCAGAGAGCUUCCUGGUUCUGGGGAGACCCAGGUGGGAUUUGGCAGUGAGGCGUUGGAGGACUUGGACGAUCUCUUGGAAGUCACGGGACCUCCUCCCUCGUUCAUCUUGCAAAGCAAAUCCUGUUUCUUGAAAAACGUUGGACAGCUUGGUUUGGUGGACCCGGGCAUCUCUCUGGCUUCCGAAGAGCCUGAAGCUGGUGUGGACCGUUCCCGCCCCUUUGUCACCAUAUGUCUCUGCAGUGCUGGUGUCUCUCUCUGCCCCACCGAGCAUGCUCAGUGCCUUUUGGUUUCACCUUCCCACCAUUUGCCCCUUCCUUCCCCCAGUGUCAAUUUCACUUCCUCUUGGUUUUUAUCAAAUUUGCCAUGACAUUUCAUCUGGGUGGUCUGAAUAUUAAAGCUCUUCAUUUCUGGA